CACAGACUCCUACUGUAUGAGGCGGACUGCGCGCUGCUUUACAUAGACAGGACGCUACAGAUGACAAGUCAAACCCUGCUCAGGCUCACACACUGAGAUACGCGUAGAGGUGCGAUGUCGUCUCCCGGUGCCACCUCCAACCCUCUCAACACUCUGGCGCCCAAACGGAAAACCAAGAAGAAACACUUCGUGCAGCAGAAAGUGAAGGUUUUCCGAGCCAGUGACCCCGUGCUGAGCGUGCUGAUGUGGGGAGUCAAUCACUCGAUUAAUGACCUGAGUCAGGUGCCUGUACCUGUCAUGCUGCUCCCAGACAACUUCAAAGCCAGCACCAAGAUCAAAGUCAGCAACCACCUCUUCAACAAAGAGAAUCUUCCAGGACAGUUCAAAUUCAAAGACUACUGUCCACAGGUGUUCAGAAACCUGCGAGAGCGCUUUGGAAUCGAGGACCAGGAUUACCAGGUGUCUCUGGCCCGCAGUCCUCCGCUAAAAGACGAGGAGGGGCAGCGCGUGGGUCUGCUGCUGACGUCAUACGACCGCACUUUGGUAGUAAAAGAAAUCUCCAGUGAGGAGGUGGAGGAAAUGCACAACAUCCUUUCUGAGUAUCACCAGCACAUCGUCACCUGCCACGGCAGUACGCUGCUCCCUCAGUUCCUGGCCAUGUACAGAGUCACUGUGGAAAACGAGGACACCUACCUGUUAGUUAUGAGGAACAUGUUCAGCCACAGACUGCACGUACACAGGAAGUAUGACCUCAAGGGAUCCCUAGUGUCUCGUGAAGCAAGUUUUAAAGAGAAGGUGAAGGAGCUGCCCACUUACAAGGAUGUAGACUUCAGGAAUAACAUGCAAAAAGUUUACGUGAGCGAUGAGGAGAGGGAGAAGAUCAUGGACAAGCUCAACAGAGAUAUUGAGUUUCUGGUGCGUAUGAGGAUCAUGGAUUACAGCCUGCUGCUGGGAAUCCAUGAUGUGGAGCGGGCUGAGAGGGAGGAGGAGGAGGAGGAGAUGGAGUCGUCCUAUGAAGAGGAAGAGGAAGAUGAAAACGGCUUGGCUCCCGCUCCAGGAUCCACAUCACCUGAGGGUAUCGGCGGCUAUAUGAACUCCUUUAAGCCCAUGGGUCCUGGCGAGUUCGACCCUUAUGUGGAUGUGUAUGCUAUUCAAAGCGCCGUAGGUGCACCCCAGAGGGAGGUGUAUUUUAUGGGUCUGAUUGACGUGCUGACGCAGUACGACACCAAGAAGAAAGCUGCUCAUGCUGCCAAGGCUGUCAAACACGGGGCAGGAGCAGAGAUCUCAACAGUUCAUCCAGAGCAGUAUGCCAAACGUUUCCGGGAGUUCAUCACUAAGAUCUUUGCAUAGUUCAAUGAUUCAGUGCAGACUACCAUCAUCCUUUCAUACAAGAGGAGCCUCAUUAUGCAAUGCUUAUGUAAUCUUAACUCAACAUUAAGAAGCACUGAAAAUUUACUGUUAAUUUCUGAAUGAUCUACAUGGUUUUUGAGCAUUUUACCCUCCAUAUGAUUCUGUACUGCGAGAUGGACUGUGUGUUUAUUUUGAACGAAGAACUGGAAUUUGCAGAUAAGAGGAAAAGUCUUUUUGGCAACUUGUUGUUUUUAAUGGGUUUUCUUUUGUUUUCAUUUAAAGUUUUGGCAAUACUCCACCCCCGAACACAGUGGGAGGUGGAGAUGAUGAGGAAAACAUAUUUUCUCUGCACAAUAAUUGUAGAAAGUCUCACUUGCUGCUGCUCGGGAGCAAGAUGUAUGUUCUGCUCUUAAAUAUUAAUUUACGACUCCCUUGUCUCCCACCAGUGACAACACUUGACAGCACAAGAAUAAUUUGAGCAAAUCUACAGGGUGUCAAUUAGGAACAAUGCAAUGCUCAUCUCCUUGUCAGCACCAACGUGUGAUUUAAGCUGUUAAGACUGAUCUUAUCUUAAACGAAAUGUUGCCAAAUGCAGAUUUAAAAUAAAUAGCACCAGCAUAACAAUGUGACUGAGAACAGCUGUUAAAAACUGACAGUGGACACAGAUUUAAGAAUUAAAAUUGAAUGAUAUUUCACAGUCUAGCAUGUAUUACAUGAAUAUGUAAAUUCAUUAUGUUGUUUAUCAUUGAAUGUAUUAUCAAUUACAAUA